UGGCUUGCCGCUGCUGCUGUGCGGCUCGGAGGAGGAAUUGAGCGGAGCAGACGCGCAGUGGAGGCCAGUGUGGUCCCUUAACGACAAAUUCAUGCCAUCGCCGCUCCUCCGGCGGCCCGUUUAUUUCCCACUGUGUACGGAACAAUCCACCACCUCACAGACAUCCAGCUCAGUCGAUCACAAGCCGGAAUAACGCACACUGCAUGACCUUGCAUUGAAAGUCAUUAUAGACGGAUCUUUAAAGCGCCGACACGGUAAGGUCAUCGGCCACAGCCAUGGAGAUUGUCACACAUUUGAUCAAUGACACCAUAGAGUUCUACAAAUGGACCUUAACUAUCGCAGACAAGCGGGUGGAGAAAUGGCCUCUGAUGGACAACCCCCUGCCCACGCUGGCCAUCAGCACCUCCUACCUGCUGUUCCUCUGGCUGGGGCCCAAGUACAUGAAGAACAGAGAGCCCUUCCAGCUCCGCAAGACACUUAUUGUUUACAACUUCAGCAUGGUCUUCCUCAACUUCUUCAUCUUUAAAGAGCUGUUCAUGGCGGCGCGGUCGGCAAGCUACAGUUACAUUUGUCAACGUGUGGACUACUCAGACGACCCCAAUGAAGUCAGGGUAGCAGGAGCUCUGUGGUGGUAUUUCGUCUCCAAGGGCAUCGAGUACCUGGACACGGUGUUUUUCAUCCUGAGGAAAAAAUUCAACCAGGUUACCUUCCUGCACGUCUACCACCACUGCACCAUGUUCACGCUCUGGUGGAUCGGCAUCAAGUGGGUGGCAGGAGGACAGUCGUUUUUUGGUGCGCACAUGAACGCAGCGAUCCACGUCUUGAUGUACCUGUAUUAUGGCCUGGCCUCCUGUGGACCCAAGAUCCAGAAGUACCUGUGGUGGAAGAAGUACUUGACCAUCAUCCAGAUGAUCCAGUUCCACGUCACCAUCGGCCACACAGCCCUGUCUCUCUACGUCAACUGCGACUUCCCCCACUGGAUGCACUACUCCCUCAUCUGCUACGCCAUCACCUUCAUCAUCCUCUUCGGCAACUUCUACUACCAGACCUACCGCCGCCAGCAGCCCAGGCGCGACGCCUCCUCCUCCACCUCGUCCUCCAAAGCCGGCAAGGCCCUCUCUAACGGGACCCUCAACGGGCUCAGCAAGGCCGCCAACGGAGCAGUGUUGACCGGCAGCAAAGAGGAGAAGCCCCAGGAGAACUCUGGCAGGAGAAAGAGGAAAGGAAGGGCCAAAAGAGAUUAGAGGAGGAGGAACGAGAGAGAGAAAGAGAAGGAGAGAGAGAGAAAGAGGGAGGGGGGGAGGUAGAGGUGAGGUAGGGCCUUGGGUUCUAGGCGAUCGUGCUAAAACUUGAGAGACUUAAUUUGAGGGAGAUUUAGCUGGACGGAUGCUUUAAGGUGUGACGUGUUUAUUUAAGCCAUGACCUGAGUUUGUUGUAGAUAAAGUGUGAGACAGGCUUGUGUUGAGAGAGAGUCAUUCUGUCAGUGAGAGGUGUCAAAGGUCUUCACAAAUAACCCAAAAUACAGUCGCGUUUGGUGCGGGAUAGAUCUUAGUGUUCCCUCUCUUUAUCGUGGUGCCAAGUACCGUAGAUCUGGUUCAGAAAGUGACUUUCGGCUACUAAAAAAUUGAGCCUGAGACAAAGUGUACCAGGCCCGUUUGGCACGCUGGGAAAGCUACAUUAAAUGCGCUGAGCUGCUUGAAAAAAAAAAAAAAGAUUAUAUAUCAUUGUUUUUAGCAAUCACUGCUGUGUUGAGACAGGAAUACACACCAUAACUCACGCACAAACAUGUCAGUUUAAUAUCUUUUUUUUUUGUUUCUUUGUCCACCUCUACAGAUAUAAAACCGAUGAUGAUGUACAGUACCAUGUCAUUUUUGUCUUCAAGUUAUUAUUGAUGUUACGUGAGAGAGACUUUUUGAGUUUACGUCGUUUUGCUGAAUAGGCACCUCCGCAGUUAUCCACUCAUUUGUGAACAUGGAGUUGUCUGUUGUUUAAAAAAAAUAAAAAUGAUUAUUUCAAGUUUCACCAUUGAGAUUUCACCCCAUUAGCACACAACUCUAAAGAAGGAAAAAAAAAAUCGACAUAUGGAGGUAAGAUGUGCAUAGAAAUAGAGAAAAAUAGAUUUCUAAUCCUUCGAGGCUUCAUCUUCUGGAGGUCAUAAAAGGGUCACAUUUUUCCAUUUCUGUACACAACCGUGACAGGUUUUGUAUAUCCCUACUAGUGUGUAAUGAGCAGAAAAGUGAAGUGAAUAUUAUCCAGAGAAAUGACGGCUCUGACGAUGUUUCUCAAGCUGGUGGAGUUUUGUCUUUGCAGAUGUUUACCUGUCUUUUUUAUAUAUCGUACCCCCUCUGAUGUCGUCGUUCGUCUUACAUGCUGGUGAAAACGUUUGUGCGCCCAAAACAGAGAAGCGGCGGCGCUCUGGGUUCCCUUCGUGAAUUCUUUGAGAAUUCAGAAGCAGCCAACUGCCGUUUUUUCAUUAUUUUUUUUUCUCACCAAGCCUAGCUGAAGCGCUGCUCUCCUCCCAUUUCCAAUUCAGAUAUCUUUUUCUCGUGUCUAUGUUUUCAGGCUUAUUAAACCGUGUCCUGAGCUGGCUUGAAUGUAACUUUAUCAGGGGAACAAACUUGGAUUUAAUAAGAUAAAGAUUUAUAUACAAAAAGAGCUGGUGAAACCUCUAUAGUGACUGUGUAUGUUAUACCACUAUGAAGAAUAACUCUGCUCUGCCUGUAGUAUAUAGAAUCAGCUGUCGGCUCUAUAUCAGCAGAUCCAGCUUUAUGUCACCCAUCAACCAAUGCAUUUUGGUGUUAUUUAUUGGUUCUUUCUAUUUAUUUUCAUGUAAAUACCAGUUUCCAUCUAGCUGAGAGUGCUUGUCUGUGUAUUUGUGUUCUUUUUGUGUUGUACAUAUUACAUUGUGAUAUUUUGUACACCGCGCAUUUGGGAAUGUUCCCAGCUUGUUAGCUUGGACAGUUAUACGUCCACAUUGCUUCUGUGUUUCUUUUUCUUUUUUCUAUUUUUUUUUUUU